UCUUUUAAAGAAAACAAUUUUUAAUUUUAAAUCUUCUUUGAACGUCCUACAUCUGGAAUUUUUCUUCUUCAUUCGGAAAAAGAAAACUAUUAGAUGUGCUUAAAGGAUGGUUAGCUUUGGCAAACGCGGCUCAGAAGAGGAAGUGGAAGGAAGUGAAUUGGGCAGCAUUCUGCAUUGCUGUGUUCUUAGCAGGGUCACAUAAGCCAUGCCUGGAGCAUAUGAAAUCUGUUGUAUUUGCUGAUUUUGGUUAUUUAAACUGUUGGCAGAAUAAUGCUUACAGAGUGGCAGUAUAAAUAAAAGAUAAGAGUAAAGAAAACAGAAGAUAGGUGGAAUUUGGUGAGGCCAGGCAGGGCUUAGAUACAUGUGUUCAUGUGGGAGAGAUUCUCUAUGCAUCUUCUUUGUUCGUCCUUUCUCAACAAAGGGGACUUCUAAGCAUUGAUCCAUCUGCGUUUACUGCAACAGCAAAACAGCAGCUAUGCUGAAAGCUUGCAAGGAGUUAAGCAAGGGUCUCUUAAAGCCAUACAGAUGUUUCUGGAAUAAUAGCUCUGUAUACAAAACUAUAUUGAGUGGUAAUUGUCCAGCCUCCAAAUACAUACAAAUGCUGAAUAAAUCUAGAUAAUUUAUGUAAACGAAGUAUUUAUUUGUAAGAUUAAAAGUUCUGUAAAGAGUGCGUACCUAAUCAAACAUAAUCUGGGCCUUAAAAAGUCUCCACCAUGGAUAGUGUUGAAUCUGAUUUAUGAUCUGAGUAGCCCACAACUCAGUAGGACAUUUCCACCACAGUACCUGUCUCGAUUAAAACCAGCAAGCUUCUGCACUAAAGAUAAAACUAUUCUUUUACUGCAAUCAUCAAAAUGCCUCAAAAAAACCCCACUUAAAUUGCUCAGUCCAUAUCAAAAUGCACCUAUGAACUACAACUUAUUUAAUGAAAAGUUGAGCAUACAAGUUGCCUGAGUGUUUUUGUUACUUCAGUGUAUUUCACAAAAGGGUGAUUUGAUACAGCAGAGAUGCUGGGUUUACAGGAGCUGCAACAUCAAAAGGGAACUUUUCAGAGGUUUGGCAUUUUUGAGGUACUUGCAAAUAAUCUCUUCAAUAAUUACCUACUAACAGCCUUCAUCUAUUAAUUUUUUAGGCUAACAGAUUAGGGUCUCUGAGUGUUCAUUGACAUGAGGGGAGCACACAUGAGACCAUUCAAAGACAUGGUUAAAUCAAUGGGUCCAUUCAGAUAUUGAAAGUGAAGGGGGUCUUAAAGUCUCUAGGACACCAUAUGCUUGCUAGUUUUGCAAUAUUGAGACAUGAAGUAGGAUAAAGAAGAACAAAACUGAGGAGAAAUUUACAGUAAAAAUUUUCUAAAACAUUUACACACUCAUAAAGGCAACAAGAAGAACUCCUUCAUUGUACCAUUGCUGAAUAGAAUGGCACGUGCUUUCCCCACACCAAAAGUUCAGAUAUAGCAUUCAUUUUUGAUCACACAUAUAAAACGUGGAAUCACCUUAUUGCUUGGUGCUUUCUUGCUACAGUUUAUUGAUACACUAUGGAACCCUGAAAGUAAGAUAACUGAAUCUUUGCAGUCAUUAGCUUUACUCUGUUACCCCCUAAGUGCUGGAUGUGUUCAGAACUAAAUAACUUUAGGAGAUACUCAUUAUAAAUUUUACUCUAUUUCUGCCAUUAAUGGUAGAACAAGCUACAGCCCUUGAUUUUUCCAUGUUCUUUCUUUUGUUAUGUAUCAUAUGUCACCUUACCAAACAAAUUGACAAAUGUUUGCCUGUAAUAGCUUACCAGUACCUACAAAACAUAAAAUUAAUUUAUAGGCUUCUUUAUUAUAAUUUCUUUUAGACGGGAGUCCUAGGAAAGGGCUCCAAGUUGCCAUGCUGACAGCUGUUCUUGUUCACUGCCCAGGGCCAUACACUCGUGGGACAAUGAAUACACAGAAGACAGUUAAGAUCCCACAUUCUGCAUAAAUCAUCAUAAUCGAUGAGCCUGCAUGCGCAGGCUAUAGUCAACAUUCCCAGCCUGUCUCAUCAUUCUGAAAUCCUGCUACUCAAAAGAAAAAGGAUUAUGAAGAGGAUCAUGAAGGCAAUUUCCCAGCAUCUCAUUUAGAAAUUUUUAAGGUUAGCCGUAUUUUUUCACACUGACUUCUCCAAUGCAAUUCUUGUAUUUGUAUUUCUUGAGUAUUAGUUUCUUUAGGUUGGGAGGGGCCUCUGGAGGCCAUCUGAUCCAACACUCUGCUCAAAGCAGGGCCACUGUAGACCAGUUUGCUCAGACUGUGUCUAGUCAAGUUUUGAACAUCACAGAGGAUGGAGAUUUCACAGCCCCUCUGAGCAACCCGUUGCAGGGUUUGACUGACCUGCUUAAAAAUUUCUUCAUAAAUAAUAAUUUCAGUUGUUGCAGCUUGUGUCCCUUGUCUCUUGUCUUUUCACUGUGCACCUGAGGGGAGCCUGGGUUUGUCUUCUGUGUACCCUCACAUCGGGUAGCUGAAGGCAGUGAGUGUGACACCAAGUGGCUGAGCACAAGUGGCCAGGGCAGUAUCACACAGACUUGAUGAGAAGCUUCUAAAAGAUUUGCAGGCAGCUGAAAGCAACUGAGGAGACUGAAACAUGCACAUAGUUGGGAACUGCUGCCCAGUUGGGAAGCCCCAGUCUAGAUGUGCAGAAGGAAAUUCUUCAUCUUACAAACAUCACUGACGUGCCACCUAUUCAGCAUAGCCAGGGAAGCAGAAAACCAUGAAGUUAUGCACUGAAAUCCCCUCAAAGAGAAUGAACAGAGCAGGUCUUUCAGAACCAACCCUUAAUAUUUUAUUGACUAGCAAGUGACUGGAAAAAUAAGUCAGAGAGUUUCUGCUAGUUGUAAAUGAGUGAUAUUUCUCUUCAUCUGCCUGUCUGGACCCUAAUAACUUGGUUUUUUUCAGUAGGUGGUUCUCACUCUUAAACUUAUGAAGUGACAGUGAGCUUCUCACCUUCUGUGUGGCAUAAGUUCCUUCAUUUGCAUUCCUGUUCCAGUAAAACCUCUUAGCUUACUUUUGCCCGCUCUGUAAAGGCACUGCUCAUGGAAACUAGGAAAGGUAGUAAGUAGUUUUUAAAUAAUAAAGAAUUAUUUUUAAUUUUGUUUUAUAGCACCAUCCUUGGUAUUUAUUUAUGGAGAAACAAUAACUAGAAUGAAAUUAAUUUCAUUUUCUUGAUCACUUACAAGCCAAGCAAGAUAGCAUUGGGAUGUUAAAGCUAUAGAAACAUAAUUUAUGCAUUAUACAAUAAGCUGGCUUCUUGUGCUUCACUUCAGAAUUGAAUAACCUCACAGUUAAUAGGAUUACAUAUUAUUCCAAGAACAAGAACAGGCCAGUCUUACAGAAGUGAGUGAGCCAGGAAAAGGUAUGCAUCAAUGCCCCUCCUUUUCUGUUCUUUUGUGCUCUGUCAUCAUGUUGUUCUGCACAAAUGCAGUACUGACAAACGUGGCCCCUCACCCACAGUCAUUUUCUUUGGUGGCAGUAUUACUGGGAAGCAAACUCAUCUGUGACAUGCAAAAAUAGUCAAUCAAAACAUGCCUCUCAGUGAUCAAUGUUUCCAGCCAGUCUGAGCUGUGUCUUCUGUUUAGACUGAUGCUUGAUUUUGGACAGAGAAGUUUUAACCUCUGUUUUUGACCCUGUUGCACAUAGUUUGGAGUAAUACCACUACCCUGCAUCUGUGCUUGUUCUGGUGCACAUUCCAGGGAACUUCUCUGUACAGAACUGCAUAGAGAACAUGCUACAGCUAGAUAUGCUGUCACUUAGAAGAAAAGCCUAUUGUAGUUUCCUCAUAUGGCUCAAGUCUUGUGCAGUUUUCCCUGGAAGUUGAUCCCAUGAGCAGUAAAUCUGUUACUUUUAGAUUUUCAGCUUAUACCAUUUGGGUUGGGGAAGGAAAAAAACACAACUGUUUAAUGUAAGGACCACUGGCAACCAUCUUUCAGUGGUAGAUGUUGCUACAGGUACAAUACAGCAAGGUAAAUUACCAAUAUAUAUGUUCUAGGUGCUGGAGGAGUUUGGGGAUUCCUCUGAUUCCAUCUUGGGAGGAACAUACACAGGAAGGUACAGUCCCAGGAGUGACAUGAGUAGGAUAUUUUAAACAUAAAAUUGCACAGAUCAAAGUAGAACUCUCCUGUGACCUCCUCACCUCAAGGGCCUGCGUUCAACAGAACCAAUCCCAGUUCCCAGCCAGUUGCAUAUACCACUGAAGGAAAAUGAACAUACUGAACAGCCACCACUUUUUGUACUUUCUGCCUACUACACGCCUUGUCAUCUUAUUAGCAGCUUUGACAACUGCUGAGGAUGUGACUAAUAGCACUUUCAACCGCACUGACAUGAACACGGGAUCUGUGCCUGUGGUGAUCUCCCGUAUCGACCAUAUUAUAGUCAAGGAGGGGAGUAGUGCCUUGAUCGACUGCAAUGUCCAAGGUAGCCCUAGUCCACAUUACCGAUGGUAUAAUUCCAAUGGCCACCUUCUCCAAGAGGAGGAGAAUAAAGCAGGAAAGUGGUGGUUUCUUGACAAUGGGCUACUAAACAUUACCAGCGUGUCUUUUGAAGACAGAGGUAAAUACACGUGUGUUGCAUCUAAUACAUAUGGCAGUGUUAACAAUACCGUGACGCUGAGGGUUGUUUUUACCUCCGGAGAUAUGGGAAUCUAUUACAUGAUUGUCUGCCUUGUAGCUUUUACCAUUGUUAUGAUACUGAACAUUACUCGGUUAUGUAUGAUGAGCAGUCAUCUGAAGAAAACAGAGAAAGCAAUCAAUGAAUUCUUCAGAACAGAAGGGGCAGAGAAACUCCAGAAAGCCUUUGAGAUUGCGAAGCGUAUCCCAAUUAUCACUUCAGCCAAAACGCUCGAGCUUGCCAAAGUAACCCAGUUCAAGACCAUGGAAUUUGCACGCUAUAUUGAAGAGCUUGCUCGGAGCGUACCUUUGCCACCUCUCAUCAUGAACUGCAGGACUAUUAUGGAAGAAAUUAUGGAGGUUGUUGGUCUGGAGGAGCAAGGACAGAAUUUUGUACGGCAGACGGCAGAAGGCCAGGAAACCACUGAAACAGAUGAGCUGUAUAUGAUCCCGAACGCUUUGAAGCGCAGUGACUCUCCCACAGCUGACUCUGACGCAUCGUCACUGCACGAGCCACCUCAACAGAUUGCAAUAAAAGUGUCAGUUCACCCAUUGUCCAAAAAGGACUGCAUGGACGGUCAGUCACAGGAAAGCAUGCAGUUGGACACCAAGGAAGAAGACACUCCUCAAACACCAGCACUUCCUGCAGAGCCCCCUCCUGAGCCUUCUGCUGAACUCAGUUCUGAUGACACAACAUUGGCAAAUGACAAAAAUACAUGCGUUAUAUAUGAAAGCCAUGUAUGACAGUUACUCCUGAAUCUAUGCAUAGCAGGAAAAUCAGGUGGAGCUCUUUUAAAAAUACAUAUUGUACUUGCCGCUAAGCCUUACCUGGAGACUAUCAUAGCAAAAGCAUGUAUGUGGAUUAUUUGGCACUUUCUUCUCAGUUUGACUUUAGUUUACCAUGAUGUAUGGCAGAUUAAUUGCUAUUACAUUAAUAUUAAUUGCUCUUUUCAAUUAGGAGUAUUUCCAAGAAACAUUUACCUCAGCAUUUUCUAGGCUGGAGUCACCUGUCGUGGCCUCCUGGAAGUCAUUGGUAGUCUGAUGUAGGACACUUGAACUUACUAAACAUAAAACUGGUUUUCAUUUUCCUCCUUCAUUCUCCUUAUUUCUAUCUGUUGCAUUUUUGCAAAUAUUAUCUUGUGAAUUUGAAAUACUGCCCAAGAGGCAGCACUCCAGUAGCCAAAUAAAAUCCUAAUAGAUCCCACUUACAAAGCCUGUUUGCUCAGCUGCAUUGUGAUUUAGAGGGCUAUUAAAGAAAGUUAAAAUGUUUCCAUUUCAUUUGAGACCACACUGCUUAAGCACAUGAGAAAUAGUUUUCCCUUUUCCAUGGAAUGAAGAUGCCAACAAUUGUUUUUUUCACAUCGAGAAACAACUUUGAGGUGUAUUUCACAGAUGGGAAAGCCUGUAAACAUCUUACAGAAAGUUGCAGUCCAGCAGCUCUGCAGGGGUUUUUUGCAUAUAUUUGACCAUUUUUUAAUUUGUCAGAAGUUUGUAUGGAAAACAGCUGCAAAUAUGCAAGAUGUCUUGUUUUGUAGUAAUUUAGUAGGAGUAAGUAUGCACUACCUUACCAGAAGAUAUGCAGGCUCCUUAACCGUCCUGCAAAUGCCAGUAAUCAGCAAUGACAAGGCUGAAAUGACAGAAGACCCAUUUACUGGGAUUCUCAGUUUUGUGCAGAUUCAUAUGCUGAAGAUCAAUUAAUCUAUAAGCAGAAGUUUGAGAGUGUUUUAUCCAAACUAAAAAAAAAUAUAUAUAUAAUCAAGUGUCCUGUGAAAUUACAAUGACGAUUGCACAAACUGUUUACUGUGUUAGAAUUGCUUUGUUAUUUAAAAGAACCUCCUACCUAUGUAGGAUGUUCAGUGCUUGAGUACAUGUGACUCUACCCCAGUAAAGCUUUAAUGAUCACGGUGAUUGUGGCAUUAGAAAGGAUCAACAUUUAUGCCAGGAAAUGCCAGGAGUGCAAGGGAAGUGAUAAUUUCUAUUGCAGACAGACAGACAAUAAAAAGGACCUUCUCCAGAUUGAGUCUGGAAAGAAAGCACUUACAAGGAGGAGUUUGUAUAGGAUUAAUAGCGUAUUACUUAAUUGCCUGACACACAUUUAAUUUGGAACUAGUGAACAAACUAUCACCUUAGAGUUUUUAAGGACCACAGUGUAAGUAUAGAUACUCAAAAUAAAUCUGGAAUUUAUUGGAGAAUUAUUAUUAUUAUUGCAGAAAAAGAAGUCACCUAGGUCUUACGGGGAGAUGACAUGUGGAUGGCUCUCUGGAUAUUUUAUUGAAGUAGCCACAUCUACAUAAGGUGUCCACUAGAGCCAAUCAGGUAUAUUAACUGCACAGAUAAUUGAGACCAAAGUCAGCUAUCUAAAAACACUCUUGAUAAGGAACGGAGGUUUUAUGUCAACUUCCUCAUGUUAAAGUGCAGAGCUUCACUAGCAGUGUAAUACAGAACACCCUAUUGACUUACAGAGGUGAUGCACAGAGAAGGCUCUGUAUUUACCUUUAUAUACUUAUUAAAAAAAAAAAAAGAAACAAACAUGUUUAAUAACGGACUUCAAUUUUGGAGCCGACUUGGUUUAGUUGCCUAGCGUGUGUUUGUGCUCACCACAGUGGCAGGCAUCUAUACAAAAUGCAUAUGCACAUGCCCGAAAGGAAACAUGCAAGGGCAGUCAAUCCCUUUAGGAAUGUAGGAAUGUGGCUGGAAAUAUUUUAGUUCCAGCGAAGCAAUAUAAACCUAGAACACAGGGUAGAUUAAGAGAAUACCAUAAAGAACCUCACUUCUGACCAGUGUGAUUGAAAAUACUACUGAUGCAACCUGUUACCUUCUUGUCUGAGUCCAAAGUACAUUUCUAUUUAGCGUUCACAUCAGUUUUUCAAGUUACUUAAUUUGCUUACGGUAUGAAAAAGGACGAGGGCAGAAACAAAAGCUGGAACUUGCACUCUAUUCUUGUAAUUCAUCUUAGCCUCCUGAAAAGAGGCAUCUUGAUUUUUCUGCCUGUCCAGCAUUUAGAGACAAUGCUCAUGCAUUCUAAAGUUAGCUGCCUGAUGCCCAACUAAGAUUGCACAGAUGAGCAAGGAUGUUCUCCUUGAAAGCAUAAAAAUAACUUUUAAAUUACACUUUAAAAUUAAAAAGUUUCAAAAUUAUUUAUCAAACAAUAGUAUUUUAAUUAUUUUUUAAUGAUAAACUUUUUACAGUAGAGACCAGAUCCCUUCAUAUAUUCAGAUGGUGAUUGGUACCAGGCAGUUCUGAUCCUGACCGCUUCCCUCAGGCUGUCCUCCUGCCUGUUUAUUAUUUAUUGAGAAACAGCUGAGAGCAAACAAUCCCCAUGGUUUUCUUCAGUAUCUCUGUGUAAACUUCCUUGAAGAUACAGAUUAUGGGUUUUUUUUCCGAAGAUUGCCCACAAAGAGCAUGUAUUUGAAGUACACACAAACAUCCAUUGCAAACCAUGUGUGAGCAACAUUUGGAUUAGAUGCAUGCAGUAGGCAUAGUGCCGAAUUUCCACUGUUGCAAGGACAAAGGGAACCUUGACUUUGCUGGAGCUGGACUCACUCAGCUGAGAGUUCACAGGUAGGACUGGUCCAGCCAGUCUACUAUAAAUUCUUUGGAUAUUUAGCUUUGUGGUAUCAUCAGAAUAAAAGCAGAUCAGCACUGUAUCUGAAGAAAAUACAGGUUGUAAUAGUUCUGGUUUAUGUAUUUUUUUUCUGUUUUCAGGUAUGCUGCUCAGCAUCUUUAUGCAUCUAUUAUAUAACACCUGUAAGCCAAAAGCUUUCUAAAUGCUUUCAGGCAUUUCCUUCCUGGGAGAUAGUUGGGAAGCAAGACCCAAAUCCAUCUUUCCUGUUCCAAACUUUCUGGCUGUGGUAUUAUAAAGUAAACAGUUCUGUCUUGCAGUAUUUCAUAGGGAACGGCUAUUUUAUGAUGCAAGAACACAAUUAACAAAUAUAAAGUUAAUGAUGGCUCUAAACAAACAUUAGCAUUUGCAUUGUUAUGUAUUUUCAUGCACCUUAAGCACUUCAGGGACAUUAGAGUGAUCUGUUACUAUCCUUAGACUAUGCACACCUUUUGUUACAUUGUUCUAUUUAUUAUAUCACCAAACACUAAUUAUAUCACUAAAACACUCAGAAUCUGGAAAAUCCAGUCCAACUGAAUUCGUGUUCUAAAAGUGUAAGGAAGACCAAACCAGGCUUAGAAAGGAAAAGAGAUUUGCAGCAUAUAUUUACACCAUUUUAAAAUAUUUUUUUCCAAAAAUUCAUGAAAUGUGACUAGAUUUCUGCAGGAAAUCAGUGUUGGAUGCGAAUUGUUCACUUACUAUUCUUUUUUCACUAAAUGUAAGAUCAUAUUAAUCAGACCACUUAAACAUAGUACUCACUAUCUACUUACUCAGCGUUUUCUUUUCGAGCAGAAUUUGUUUGCUGUUGUUCCUUUUUUGUUCUCUGAUUUGAGUAUGCUUGUGAUGAAACCUACCCUUCAGUCAUUUUUUGAGAUUGUCAUUUAAAAAAUUUAACAGAAUCCAUAGAUCAGCAUUUUUAUGCAGGUUUAUUGGUAUUAGGUAAGGCACAGCAGUUUGCUCCUGUGCUUAAAAAUUACUGUAUCAUCAUAAGACUUGCUGAAUGGCAUAUAUGGGCAGAUGUUGAUUUUUUUAAAAUCAGUGCCUGUUUUAUUCUAAUGUACAUACUAUGUCAGUUCCUCAAUUUGCAGUUAUCUUUUUACAAAAGUACUGUAAUGUAUAACCAGGGCUUUCUGACGUUCAGUUUAGUUCAGAUCAACUAAUUCUGGAAAGUGUUAACAGUGUCGAAUUUUAAAAGUUCUCAUGGAAUAUCUUGGCAGCAUGCUAUUUUGAGAGUUGGCCUCUUAAGUAUGCCAUAUUUAGUGGAACAACUGAAAGCUUCUUAGAUGCAAAGGAAAUGCUUGCACUGAAGUAUCUUAAGUUAUAUUUCAUUUAUUAUUAAAUCCUUUUUGAUUUUACAAGAAAUGUAAGACAAAUAUGAAUGUGUUCUUUUGAGAAGCAGUUACUGUAUUUUGAUUUAAAUAACUGUUAUGAUUUUAUAGUUCAAGGCCGUAAACCACAAAGAGACCAGUUCAUGCUGAAGUGGCAAAUGAAAUGUGAUCCAGCUUGUAAAUUGAUCAUUGUUUCAAUAAAGAAUUUGCACAGAG